AGCACAGUACGCGUCUUCACGUUCACUUGCAACAUUCUCCCCUCGAGUGCUUAAUGUUGUCCUAAAUGUUGCUCAUUAGGUGCAGCCUGUGCCUAUAAAAAAAGAAAAGCACAUUUCGUAGUGUUAAGGAGUGAACUGUACUGUUUGGGCUGUCACAAGCCGAGACAUGCCCGAUACCAGAUCGACUGAGCCUGGUUCCAGGGUUUCAGACCCACAGCAUUCGCAGAAACUGCUCAGGGUCCUCCGCACCUUCUGGCAGGAGCAAAGUUUUCACGAUGCACUGCUGGUGGUUGAUGGAGAGGAGCUUCCUGUCCAGAAAAACAUCCUGGCUGCUGCUAGCCCCUACAUCAGGACCAAGCUGAACUACAAUCCUCCAAAGGAAGAUGGGUCUACAUACAAAAUCGAGCUGCAAGGGGUUUCCAUGGCGAUCAUGAAACAGAUCCUGGACUACAUCUUCAGUGGUGAAAUCACUUUGAGUGAAGAGACCAUCCAGGACAUGGUACAGGCAUCUGACCUGCUCCUCAUGACCGACCUCAAGUCCCUGUGCUGUCAGUUCUUAGAGAGCUGCAUCACUGCAGAGAACUGCAUCGGCAUCCGCCUCUUCUCUCUACACUACUGCCUUUACCAUGUCCAUUACGCUGCUACCGAGUUCCUGCAGACACAUUUCCGUGAUGUGGCGAUCAGUGAGGAGUUCAGGGAGCUGCCCCGGGACCGGCUCUGUGAGGUGCUUGCCAUGGAAAAGCUGAACGUGGGCAAUGAAAAGCACGUGCUGGAGGCGGUGGUGCGAUGGUUCGCACAUGACCCAGAGGAUCGCAGGGUUCACAUGAAGGAAGUGAUGUCUGCUGUAUGGCUGCAGGGCCUGGACACGAGCUACCUGAGAGAGCAGGCCAUGGGGGAGCCACUGAUGAGGGAGGUGAUCAGAGAGUACUGCCAGCCCAUGCUGGGGGACAGUCAGUUGCAGGGUGAGGCUCUGCUUGCCGCCUUCAAACCCCGAGGUUACUCUGAGUGUAUUGUUAUUGCCGGAGGAGAGGAUCGCAAAAGCAGGAAGCCAACCGCUGUGACGCGCUGCAUGUGUCCGCUCUAUGACACCAACAGACAGGCCUGGAUCGACCUGCAGCCAAUGAGUCUUGCUCGCCUUGGCCACGGGGUGGUCGCUGCCGAGGGUUUUCUGUUUGUGAUGGGCGGAGCAGAUGAACUCAACACAGUCCUGGACAGUGGAGAGAAAUAUGACCCAGACUCCAACACCUGGAGCUCCAUACCCCCAAUGCUUCAGGCUCGUCAGAACUUUGGCGUGGUGGAGCUGGACGGUCUGAUCUUUGUUCUCGGAGGAGAGAACGAUGUGACGGAGCUGAUUACUAUGGAAGUGUUUGACCCUCACUUCAACACCUGGAAGAUGCAGACCAGUAUGACCAUGAUCCGCAAGGUUGGCUGCUAUGCCUCCAUGAAUAAGAAAAUCUAUGCCAUAGGGGGGGGAUCCUACGGGAAGCUGUUUGACUCUGUUGAAAGCUUUGACCCCAAAACCCAGCAGUGGACCGGCCUCUGUCCUCUGAAAGAGAGAAGGUUUGGAUCGGUGGCGUGCGGCGUCGGCCAGGAGCUCUACGUGUUUGGUGGAGUUAGAAGCCAAGAGCCAGACAACCCCGAGCAAAGGCAAAUGACGACCUGCAAAUCUGAGUUCUACCAUGACGAGAUGAGGAGGUGGAUGUUACUCGAUGACCAAAACCUGUGUAUCCAGACCAGCUCAUCCUUCGUAUACGGCGCUGUGCCCAUCGGAGCCAGCGUCUAUGUGGUGGGAGACCUGGACACAGGUACGAGCUUCGACUACAUCCGGGAGUUUCGCCGCAGCACUGGGACCUGGCAUCGCACCAAGCCCAUGUUAUCCAGCGACCUCUCCAAAACAGCCUGCGCCGCCUUGCGCUUCGCCAACUGUCGGCUGUUCCGCCUUCAGCUGAGCCAGGGCAUGUUCCGAAUCCGAGUCUGACCGUCUGCUGCACACUCCUCCACUUUUUGCACACUGGUACUUUAUGAACACUAAAGUAUUAUAAUCACUAGAUGUUGAGGAUGGUGAAAUGUCUGUUCAGGGGUUUAUACUCAAGACCCCUUUUCUGUGUGACUUGACAAAAGAAAAGUUCAUCUAAACACAUUUUUUAAUUUUAUGGGUUUUAUUGCAAUUUUAUUAAUCUAAAUAUUUUUUUCUUUUUAAUGUGGGAUUGGAUCAUUUUUAAAAAAGAUAUAUUUUAUGGACAUUCCUCCUUUGUAAUGUUUACUGGUGAAGUGUUGCUUGGUGAGGGAUUUAAACUGUAAACAACACUUACUUACUUACACUUACUGCCACAUUAAAACUUGAGGAAUUAUGAUGCUUAUUUUAGAGGAAACACUGUAACAGUGCUGCUGUGGUGCAAUCUGCAUUUUAGGAUUUAUUAUGUAGUUUGGUGUAUUGUUCUGGCCAAAUUUAAAUGACAUAAACAUUUGUCCAGAUAUUUGCUGGAGCUACAGUCAGGAGAGACUCCUUCAGUGAUAUGUAGAGAGAUAGCAAGGGGACAUUUGCAGCAGGUACAUACUAGAGUGCAACGCAACCACAAGACAAGGCCCCUACACACUGGCUCUAGUAGAAUCUGGGUCACAAACAGUGUUAGACUGCACAAUCAGUGAGUGGUGAAUCUUAGUGCUACAAUGUAAAUAGAAAAAAAAAUUUGCAAAGAGUGAAACGUCGUCAACUCCCGUCAUCGAUCGGUUUUCUAGUUAUGAAAUGCAGCAAAACAAAAACACCAAGCUGUGGACGUAGUGUGAGCACAUUGGUGUCCAUUGCGUCUGCCAGUGUGUUCUGCACUACUGUGUGUCAUAUUCUGAUUGGUUGAUUUGUAGACUCUGGCCUAUACUAGAAGUUACAUUGGGAGAAUUUGCUCCUAACUUUCCAACUCUGUCAGAAUGUGUUUCAGCAGAUAAAACCACCAGAAACAACAUUUAUUUACGUUCUAAUGACAAAUCCCACUGGCAGCAGUAGAAGCUAUGUCUGUCAGUUUUUAUAGAGCCAUAAAGUCUAUAGAGAGAGGAGGAGGUCAGGGAGGAUGAUUGGGUCGACAAAAUAUCUGACUUUAACAUGGGGGACUACCAACAUUCAAUGUUAGAUCGUUCCAACAUCAACCAAGGACUUAAUAUUUUAACCAUGACAAUGGAAGUCCCCUAUCUUUCAUAACAUAAUAAUUUUAAUCUAAACAGUGAGCUCACUCUCAACCAAACCUUGAAGUGAUAGUUCAGGUUAUUUGACGUGAGGUUGUGUGAGGUAGUUAUCUAUAGUCAGUAUAUUCAGACCAGCACACUGCCAGUUUAGAGGAGCAGCGGUACAGAAGCUGAGUGAUGAGCUUCUGUGGAUGGGCUCAGCAGAAAAAUGUGUUUUAGCCACUUAAAAAAAAAAAAAAAAAACCCCACCGAAAAAAAGCUUGUAUCACUUUAAGUGAACACUUUAUUUGGAAUAUUUUCACAACUUUAUCUGCUGUCAAACAGCGCUUCAGCCCUUUACUUUAUUUUUCAACCGUUCAAACUACCGUAUUACUACGCACAUGCGCAACUGUGCUUAGCUCUGUCUGAUUCAAACAGCUGACCUGUAAUACAGUGUGUGCUGCAGACAAAGUGGUGAAAAUAUUCAAAAUUAACUAUAAAACUGAUAUUAGUUUUUUUUGUGUUUGCAUUUUUUUAAUUGGCUAAAACAUUUUUCUGCUAAGCCAGUCCAGAGUAGCUCAUCGCUCAGCUUCUCCUGCUGCUCCUCUAAACUGAGAGCUGGUCCAACUCUACUGCAGGUAAUACACUGACUGUGGAUAAGUACCUCACACAACCCCACGUCAGAUAACCCGAACUAUCACUUUAACUAUCAGGUUAGAAACGUUUUUGGAAGGUACAUAAAUGAUGUUUUUCUGCUGAUAGGAACAUCAGAUCAGAAAACACCUAGGUGUUUUUGUUGAGGGAAAUUAAAAAUGAGAUAUUGUUUAAAUUGGAGGACUUGUUGACUGUGUCUGGUCACCAGAGCUCAAAAUCUGCCUUCAAUGGACAAAGUUUCACCAUAUUUUCUCACAAUUGUCACUUCAGUCACAGACAGCACAAAAUCACACAGUGUGUGAGGACCAUGACUGAAACUGGAAGCUCUUUGUUCUUUUGAUCUGCAGAUUAAACACCUAAGCUAUGCAGUGAAUUUGUCACAGACAGUAUAGAAACUCAAGUUGAGGAAAAAUAGGUUCUGUGCGUCGAAAAGUAAACCACAAAAUAAUCCCAGAAUGCGAGAGAGACAGUUGAUGAGACAUAGUAAACCAUUCAUUGAGUAACUUGUAUCUGCAGCUCCUGGUUCACUGGAAACACUCCUGGUCACAUGACUUCCACAUUUUCACUCACUAACCAAAUGUUUGCACGUUGGAGCACCAGCGCCUUACUUGACUGUCAGCGUCCAAGCUGUCUGCGCUCAGCCUAUUCAGAAAUAGACGUCACUGCAAGUGACAUUCUUUGAGUGGUUGGAUGUGUCGCUGCCUCCGUGACCUCUGACCUGGCUUUCCAGUCAGUACAGUUUUGGCAUCCCUUGACCCCAUUUGUUCUGUGUGAGUUACAGCUGCUGCUGUCUGUCCUCAGCUCAGGGGUAGCACAGACAGAGUAGACACACACUGAGUGUUGAUACAAACACACCUCUCAUAAUACCAGGGACGCCAUAGACACACGUCAGAGACACUCGGUGUUGAAACUGACCAGUAAAGACCAAACAAAGUUUCUAAACUGUACAAGUCCAUGUUCUUGAUAAAAUGGAUAGGUAAUGUGUGAAUCAUGUGACACAAAAACAUGAGAUAAUCAUAUAGAUUUUAAUCAAAUACUGUAUCUUCAUGUACAUCAUGACUAUAAUAAUCAUGUAAGAAAACGCUUUUAAAUAUUUAAACACACAACUCUGGAUCCAAAUUCAAACAAACACCUCCAAAAUUCAAAACACAGGACAUCAUCUUGUUGCCCCAGCCGAAACAAGGUUUGACAGUCACACUCAAUAUUAACUGUUACAUUGUGAGUUUGGAGAGGAGAAGGAAAGUUGUUACGAACUAGUCAUGUUAGGACCUACAAUAGACUGUUCACUCGAAAUGGAGAAAGUACCGUACGCUGAUGCUCGUGAACAAGCUAACAUUACUUGAUCUGUAAAUCAAAGAUCAUUUAUUGAUUCCCUCUGUUAUAUUUUGAUGUUUACUAAAGUGAAGUGACUCUAAUCACGUAUGAAAACUUGUAUCUUGUUAAAAAAUUCAGAUGAAGUCAAGUCCUGAACAGUUAAAGUUAACCUGUGGAGUUUUUUCCACCAGAACAGCCACGGAGGAAUGUUUGUACAAAUGGAUCCCUGGUUUGUUUGUCCCACCGCCGGUUUUGUUAACAUACAAAAAAGUGUAGCAAUGCUGCCGUAAAGGCAGGAAAGAAGAAUCACAUGUAAUUGCUCAUUAAACUGUAUAGCUCAGACCCAAGCUGAGUUAGUUGCAUCAAAAAUGUAUACAAAUGUAGUUUGUGUGUAGCAAAUGUGCUCUCUGUAUUAAUGUAGAAAAAAUUUUUCCUCUGAUUCUUCUUUCAUCAGUCUCCACCAUUUUUCCGACUGUCCCUGUCGAAGCUAGACAGCAGCCGGUGCAGCAGGCUGCAGGUCUUAUAAUACAGGACUAACAUUAGGCAACAGCUGAAUUUAAGUUCUUCAUUUUUCUGCUCUAAAUGUUUGUUAACAAGCAAGGUUAAAGGUCACCACUGGUCAGUGUCAAACCACAGUUACAGUAUACACACAAGAACAGUUCUCAUACAGUAUAUUCACACGAGGAUCUCCUGGAGCUCUCCAUCAUUCUCUGAACACUAGAAAGCAGCAGGACCAAUAUACAGAGGCCUGACUGUGAAUAUUGUGCUUUCAUAUUUCUGCAGACACUCUACAUUCCAUAGUGUCUAAUCAUUUACAGUAAAUACUACAGUAAGUUUCCAAGCUGCUCUGUAUCCUAAACAUCGCUUGUUCUCACAUGAUAACACCUUAUGACUGUGUUCUGAUACACUGGACGACAUGAUAAGGGAAAAUAACAGCAGUCUGAACUGAAGCAGGCGAGUUUUAACCAAAGUCGUGUUGUGAAAGACGGGGCGUGAAACUGUUGUUUCAGUUUGUACUUUUGUAACUGAUGCAUGAGGAAGUUUUGUAAGAUGUUGCCCGUGAGUGUCAUUCAUUUACGUCAAAGGAAUUAAAACACCAAAAUUGUCGACUGUA